AUUCUACCAAGAGUAGCAAGAGUUCAUACACUCCAAACGUGGUCUUGAUCAAACAGUUGUUCAUGAGUAUUGUAGGCAUGGAAGGUGGGAAUGAAGUGGAGAAAGUAAUGGUUCAGAGGGUUGAUGGUGUUGCGCUAGAACUAACGGAGAGUGUUGGAAGAUUCGAUCCACAUUUGAUGAUUUAUGGAACACUCCACACUCAGAAAGCACCAGAUGAAGUUCCAGUUUCGACAUCCUACAGUGAAUGGAAUUGUGCUACAUGGACUCCAAUGCUAGUUGACACAACUGAUGUAAGAGAGACGGAACAAUUUGAGACAUUGUCUUAUCAAGACUUGGUACUUACAGCGAUAGAGGAGACUGCGCAUGAUACACCUCCUUCUGAAGAUUUUGUGAAGACAAUUUCAGGGAAUAGAAGAGAAGAUGACACACUUCGCUGUGAGGAAGUGCUGAAUGUGGCUGCCAGAUACACGGUGAAUUCUCAAACUCAAACCAAGGCAGUGAAUGCACUUAACGAUACAGACCCAGAUUUACAUCUCAAGAUUUGGAGCGAAAAGAUGGAGACAAGAAGUCUCUUAGGAGCCAGGGACAAGGCUGAUGAAGUAGAAGUGACAUACCCACAUCGGCGUCUGAUAUCACUUGCGCGAAACUUAUCAUAUAGACAUCGCAGGAAACUAUUUGUUCAUGACGAAACUAAGCUUCUCCCCCGGAUGCAUAGGAGGUUUCUGAAAACAAGAGGUAGUGAUCGCCGGAUUAGGAAUAUUUCCCAAAUCAAGGCAGCAUAUGAUCAUGGUCCAAAAGUGGUGGAGAUCGCCAAGCAGCCGGCCGUUGAUCUUGUCACUGUAUCUAACGUGGAGGAAGGAGGCGAAGAUUCGAGACUGUCUAACAGUCUAAUAACCAGUCUGGGACUAGACUAUUCAGGUUUGACGGGGACAGAAAGUACUAAUGUACAACAUGGUUCUCAUAUUGCUGAUAGCCAUGAUGAUGGAAAGCCCUUUCUAAGAGAUCUCAAUUUCGUCCUUAUUGAUAUUGAGGAGAUUAGACGGAAGAGUUUGAAACAGGGACGCAUACAUGAUGAAAGAUGUUCCUCACUUGAAAAGGAUAUCACUCCAUGUACAUCAGAUAAUAUUUCUUGGAAAGAAGAUGUCCCAACCACUGAGGGAGAUGUAUCUUUUGAGCGACAUGAACUACAGUAUCCGGGAAGGGUGAAAUCUGGAGCCACCAUGUAUUUAUUCAAUGAUUCAUCUGAGGCGGCAGGAGUUGCCCUUUCACCCAGAUCAAUAAACUUAGUGACUGAUUCUCCGACCAUUACUACAAGUAAUGGACUCAACCAAUGGAUCCCAUCUGGUGGCUGCACUAUGACUAGGGACCUUAGAACUGAUAGUAACACUGUAGCAUCACCUUGCAGUUCGAUUUGCUCAUCUGGUCCUGGCACAAAUGUCACGAACAAAGUCAAUAGUCUAGAUCUCUCCAUGACCAGUAGAUUUGAAGUUUCUGUUAGUACAGUCGAUACCUUGAUGGAGCUUCCAGCGUUCUGGGAUGACAAUACACUGAAUGAGCCACCAUCUGAUGAGAUUCUUGUUGCUGAUCAUGAAGUUUCCACCAAUCUUGGAUCAAACGUGAGUUCCAGGAAUUUACUCAACAAGAGAAAGAGUAAAUGUAUCAGCAUCCCUUCCGACAGACCACCAACUCAAGGAAAACAUACAAGUGAUGGGAUUGGCAUGAGAGAGUUCGAGAUGAGACAGUGUAGGGUGCCAACUCGAACAGAAGGAGAGGAUUCAACGGCCGAGGGACAAACAAGAUCUGAUGGGUCAAUGGUGGGUCAGCAGACUUCGAGACGACUGGCAGAACAUUGUUCUAGCACUCCGAGGGGAACUGAAGGUGAUGUGCUGACUCUGUGGACAAGUGUUGAACAAAUCUGCAGCAGGAGAGACUGUAUGCUACAUGCGUUACCAGGAACUGAAGCCAGCGAAACUCAAGCCAAACACAAGGAAUACGUGCCUCGAAAUGGUGACGAAGUACAGAUUCAAGAAAUGGAGAAACAUAAUGAGAGGGUUCCAUACACAGCAAAGGACAUCUUCGAAGUUGCCAACAAUCGAAAUCCUUUUGUCGAAGGAAGUGAUCGAGCUGCUACUACUUUUAUACAUGAACAGAUACCUGAUAUGAAUUUGGUACCAGAUGGAGUACCCAUCGAAUCGAAGUCGGCAAAUCCAAGGGCACAUCUAGUUGGAGAUUCUUCUAUCCAAGGAAAUGAGCAAGGUGCUGAUACCUUUAUACAUGGACAGAUACCUGAUAUGAAUUUGGUACCAGAUGGAGUACCCAUCGAAUCGAAGUCGGAACAUCCAAGAGCACAUCUAGUAGGAGAGGAGCAGCAUCCAGCAAAGUCCUGUUCUUUGGUGGAACUCAAGGAGAUGAAUUCUCGCCUAUUUUCCGAAAACCUGAACAUCAAGGAGGAAAAUUCAGGUCUGCGUGAGGAGAUUCGUAAAUGCAAGGAGUCGAUCUCUACACUUAAGGAGAGAGUGGUUUAUCUUUCUAACGAAUUACUGUCGAUGUCAAAGGAAUCUUCAUCUUUACAUGUACUCUUAUCUGAAUCUAGGAACAGAGAAGUGGGUUUCAUACGUGAUGCAUGUGAGAAAUUGCAGUGAUCAUACUAGGUCCUGAUUGUUGAUGGGGCAUAGGUCAAUUAUCAAAGUACCAUGAGGAGAUCUGAUAAUAGAGACUAGAUAGUGACGGUAGGUCCAAGGAUCCGGGAGAAUGAGGAGUUGAACUCUAGUAAGUAUUUCGUUUAAUGUUGUGACCACUUUCAAUGCAUGAACUGUUAUUGUGCUACAUUCAGAACGAUAUAGA